AUGUAUUAAUAAUUUUAAUAACAAUUUGAAAAUCGCAAUGAGCUUUGGUCAGAAUAAGCAAAAUUAAUUUAGAAAAUAACUGACGAAUAAAAUAAAUAAAAAGAACAAAAUAACAAAUGUGAACAAGAAAAAGAAAUUAUAUAAAUGAAUUUAGAAAAGAAAAAUAAUUGCUUAGAAAGAUUAAAGUCCAAGAUUACUUUAACCUCUUUUUGCAAUAAAAUGUAAAACGAUGCUUCUGUUUUGACCGAUGAAACGAAAGAAACAUAUGAUAAAGAAGUUAAUUAGUAUAAGGACAUAAUUCAUAAGCUUGAAGUUAAUAAAUCAAAUGAAAGUAAUACAUAUUUUCCUAAAUAUGAUGAAACUUAAAAAUUAUCUACCUUCUAAUUAGUAAAUUCUAAGUUAAUCAAUUCCUCUUAAGGAGGAAUUGGAUUAGCUGUUUUGCAACCUCCAUUGCCUGAUAAUAAAGUUACAACUUUCAUUUUUAAAAUAAAUAAAUCGCAUUCAUUAGCCGGGGUUGGAAUUUGCAACUCGUAAACAGCUUAACUUUUUAAUUAUAAUAUGGAAAAAAAUUAUUAAUCUAAAGACCAUAAUGUAUAUCUUGUAUGCGCUGGUGGAUAAAUUUCAAGUAAAUUAGGAUAUACCAAGAUUACUACUAACUUAAAUUUUGAAGAUAAUUAGAUCUUAAUUUGUUAAUAUGACCCAAAAGGUUUGAAAUUAAAGAUAAAAAAUUUAAAUGUAUAAAUAGCGUUUAUGAAUUAGGUUGGAAAAACUUAUGAUGUUGAUUUAGUGAAAAAUACCUUAAAAAUGUCUCCAUGUGUUAUGCUUAAUGGAAAUGCAGAAAUAGAGAUAAUGUGA